AUGCGUGUUACGAUUGCACAUGUUCACAGUAAGGUAUGUGUACAACUCGAACCAUUUGAAAUCGAUAUCGAUCCAUCGUCUUCGAUCUUACAAGUUAAGGAGAAAAUUGCACAACAGACAAAUGUACAACCUUACGAACAAUUUUUAACAGUCGAAGGUCGAGCAGUUGAAGAUGAACAGACUGUUUCUUCAUAUGAUUUUAUCAAAGACGGAAGUCGAAUAACUCUUNUUACGAUUGCACAUGUUCACAGUAAGGUAUGUGUACAACUCGAACCAUUUGAAAUCGAUAUCGAUCCAUCGUCUUCGAUCUUACAAGUUAAGGAGAAAAUUGCACAACAGACAAAUGUACAACCCUACGAUCAAUUUUUAACCGUCGAAGGUCGAGCAGUUGAAGAUGAACAGACUGUUUCUUCAUAUGAUUUUAUCAAAGACGGAAGUCGAAUAAUUCUUGUGAUAUUUCCGAAUGUUUCACGCGAGAAGUAUCGGAUAUAUGUUGCCAUUCAAUGUUCAAACGGAGAACGUAAGACUAUUGACUUAGAUAUUCAUUAUUAUGAUACCGUUGCUCAAGUGAGGCAAAGUAUUUAUGAGCGUACACAGAUACCAACAGACAAACAACGACUUAUUUUUGCUGGAAAACAGUUAUCAGACGAACGAAUUUUCUCAAAUUAUGGUGUUCAGAAAGAGAGUACUGCGCUUUUGUUGAUCAGAGAUUAA